GACUAAUUUCCUCCCCAGGGUGAUAAAAACAGGGGCUCCUGAAGGCUAGCCCAUUUCCUUGGGGAAUGAAACUUGUGAUCUUCAGUUCCUCAGAGAAGUGAAAGUAGCAACCAGGAAUCCAGUAAUUCCUGUUAUCUGCAGGCUUUAUAAGUCAGCAGAGCUCAGGGAAGCGCCAGGAUCCUGGCUCUCAACCACCACUGUGUUCUCACCAAGCCCUGAAGCCGGAGGACUCCUGCGAUGUCGCGGACACUGGGGCCCCUGCUUCUCCUCCUCCUCACCAUCAGCAGUGCCUUGGCCCUGAGGAUCUGCUCCUUCAACGUAAGGUCCUUUGGGGAAACCAAGAAGGACAACGGGGAGGCCAUGGAAGUCAUUGUCAAGGUCAUCAAACGCUGUGACAUCAUACUGCUGAUGGAAAUCAAGGACAGCAACAACAUGAUCUGCCCCAUGCUGAUGGAGAGGCUGAACAGAAAUUCAAGGAGAAGCAUAACAUACAGCUACGUGAUUAGCUCUCGGCUUGGAAGAAAAACAUAUAAAGAACAGUAUGCCUUUCUCUACAAGGAAAAACUGGUGUCUGUGAAGAGAAGCUACCUCUACCACGACUAUCAGAAUGGAGACGCAGAUGUGUUUUCCCGGGAGCCCUUUGUGAUCUGGUUCCAGUCACCCUACACGGCUAUCAAGGACUUUGUGAUCAUCCCCCUGCACACCACUCCUGAGACGUCCAUUAAAGAGAUCGAUGAGCUGGCUGAUGUCUACAUAGAUGUGAAACGCCGUUGGAAGGCUGAGAAUUUCAUUUUCAUGGGCGAUUUCAACGCAGACUGCAGCUAUGUCCCCAGGAAGUCCUGGAAGAGCAUCCGCCUGAGGAUCGACCCCAGGUUCGUUUGGCUGAUCGGGGACCAAGAGGACACCACGGUCAAGGGGAGCACCAACUGUGCAUAUGACAGGAUCGUGCUUAGAGGGCAAGAGAUCAUCAGCUCUGUGGUCCCAGACUCAAACCGCGUCUUUGACUUCCAGAAAGCUUACAAGUUGACAGAAGAGGAGGCUCUAAAUGUCAGUGACCACUUUCCAGUUGAAUUUAAACUACAGUCUUCAACAGCCCUCACCAACAGCAAAAAAUCUGUUGCUCCAAGGAAAAAAAAAGCCAAUCUUUCCUAGAUACAAGAGUGCCAUUUAUAUAACCAUUUCUCGCCUCUAAAUAAAACAGCUCUAACAGGUAUAAACUGCUCCCUGCACUCAGGAAACAAGACUGAUCCAACAGCUUUCAUUUUUCAACUUGAAUUUAAUCCACCCUGAGCCAAAUUCCUAGGGCUCCUAUGUCCCUGAAUUGUCCAAAAAUAAACAAGAGGUUUUUGUGGUCCAAAA